AUGGGAGAAGAAAUAAAGCAAUUGAAAGCCAAAACUCAAGGUGUGACCGACUCAACCUCCCAGUUGAAAGUAGUCACUGAAAUUAUUCCACCUCCAAACGUGGAGCAAGAAGUACCGGCAACAACAGGUUCGCUCGAGAAAAGUUCUUGUUUCGGGAGCAUACUCAACCCCCCAAAGAGGGGAGAAGACUACACCAUUCUGCAAGCACUUUUCAGUAUUGACAUGCUGAUUCUGUUCGCUGCAACAAUAUUUAGUGCUGGCGGAGCAUUAACAGCCAUAGACAAUCUAGGACAGAUUGGAAGGUCAUUGGGAUAUCCGAGGAAGAGCAUCACGACAUGUGUGUCCUUGUUAAGCAUAUGGAACUAUUUGGGACGGGUAGUUGCAGGUUUUGCCUCUGAGAUAUUGUUGAUCAAAUACAAAGCCCCUCGUCCCUUCAUGCUCACUCUUGUUAUGCUUCUCUCUUGUGUUGGCCAUAUUCUGAUUGCCCUUGGCGCCCCAAAUUCCCUCUACUUCGCUUCCGUGAUUAUAGGGUUCUGUUUGGGAGCACAGUGGCCGCUAAUGUUUGCGAUCAUAUCAGAAGUAUUUGGCCUUAAACAUUACUCCACGCUGUACAACUUUGGAGCCGUGGCAAGCCCUGUUGGAUCUUACAUUCUAAACGUGAGACUGACAGGUGUUUUGUAUGAUAAAGAGGCUUUAAAACAGUUGAAGGCCAAAGGACUCUCGAGACAAGCGGGGAAGGAGCUCAACUGCGUUGGAGUGCAGUGCUACAGAAUGGCGUUUGUCAUAAUCACGGCGGCGACGCUGUUUGCCUGCUUUAUUUCGUUUGUUUUGGUUCUGAGAACUAGAAAAUUUUACAAAGGGGAUAUCUAUAGAAACUUCAGAGUGGAACAUGUAACCGAAGAGAAUGAGAUCACCGAAACUGGUAUCAGAGUUCUGCUAGAAACUGAAGGACACGGAAGUGCAUUAGGAGAACAGGAUAAGAAAAACACAAAAUGA